GGGUCAAGGAUCAUGUUGCUUUCGGUGUUGCCCUGGAUCUUCUCCCCCUUCCCGUCGGCGCUCGCCGCUCAGCCCUCCGCGCCCGCUCCCAUCUCCGCUUCCCUACGAGAGCUCGAGUUCGGGCAACUGAAUUUCCUCCACACUACCGAUACCCAUGGCUGGCUAGCCGGCCAUCUACAGGAACCAUCCUACUCGGCGGACUGGGGGGACUAUGUGUCGUUCGCGACGCGCAUGCGGGAGAAGGUAGAGGCUCAGGGCCAAGACUUGCUGGUCGUAGACACCGGAGAUCGCGUCGAAGGCAACGGUCUCUACGACUCCUCCGCGCCCAAAGGCGUCUACCUCUCGGAGAUCCUCCGACAUCAACAUAUCGAUGUGAUCACAUCGGGAAACCAUGAACUAUACAAACAGAACACGUCCGAAGCCGAGUUCCUGACCACGGUUCCUAAUUUCCGCGGCAAAUACCUUGCAUCUAAUAUCGAUAUCACUCAUCCCGAGACUAACGAACUAGUUCCGCUCGCGCCGCGAUUCAAGAAGUUCACCACCAAGCAGCAGGGCAUCCGUAUCGUAGCGUUCGGCUUCCUCUUUGACUUUACCGGCAACUAUAAUAAUACCGUGGUGCAACCGGUGGAGAAAACGAUCAAGGAGGACUGGUUCCAGGAGGCCAUCCGGGACAAAGAUGUCGAUCUGUUCCUAGUCGCCGGCCAUGUCCCGGCCCAUUCGCCGGAAUAUCGGGCAAUCUUUGAAGAGAUUCGAGGAAUCCGCUGGGACACUCCGAUCCAGUUCUUUGGUGGGCACCAGCAUAUUCGCGACUAUGCGAAAUACGACUCAAAGGCCUUCGCUCUUGCCAGCGGGCGAUUCAUGGAGACGAUCGGUUUCAUGUCGAUCGAUGGUCUCUCCACCAGCGAUCGGCCAAGUACCACAUCGGGCCCCGUCUUUAAGCGCCGAUACAUCGAUAACAAUCUUUACUCUUUCUACCACCACACUGGAUUGGAUGAAGAGUCCUUCCCAACUGAAAAAGGCCGCAACGUUUCCCAGCUCAUUACUGAAUCCCGAAGUGCUCUUCGCCUGGACCGGGUCCAUGGCUGCGCCCCGCGAACCCUUUGGAUGUCCCGGGUGCCAUACCCACACAAAGACAGUGUCUUCACCUGGCUGCAGACCCAGGUGCUGCCUGAUUCUCUCAAAGAUGAAUCUCGCGGUGAGGUCCCUUCAGUGGCCAUUCUGAAUACGGGGGCCAUCCGAUUCGACAUUUUCCAGGGCCAGUUUACGCAGGAUACCAUAUGGACCAUCUCACCGUUCACCAAUAGUUUCCGCUACGUCAAGGACGUUCCGUACGAAAAGGUGCAACUGAUCAUGGAGGUCCUCAACAAACAGACUAAGAUCUUAGAUACGUUCGAGUCAGGCUCAUCCCUCCCCCCUUUGCCGCGUCCUGAAAAUCUGGCGCGCAUGGAAGAUUUCAUUGUUGAAGAAGAAGAAGAAUCCCUGGAUACACCAAUCUAUGAUAUGGCUGCGUUGCAUCAGGCUCCGAUCUCGACCAACAGACAGGAUAACAAGAUUGUGCCGGGGUAUACGACCAAGGAUGAUGCGGGUACGGAUGGAGAUGACACCCUCCACUCGCCUAUCUCCUUUUACCAAGUGCCAAACUGCAUCCAAGCGUUGCUGUCGGCCAACACCUCGGGUGUGCCAGAGACGGUCGACCUAAUCUACAUUGAAUUUAUUCAGCCGCACUUGGCGUUGGCUGCCAAAUUUGCGGGGCUCGAUGUCGAUUUCUUCCAGGAUAGCGAUGUGUACAUGUCAUCUACGACAAUGACGGACCUGCUUUUAGCGUGGGUGAAGAAGCACUGGAAGUGUGAAUGA